AUGAGAGUAGGAGGGGUUUCGGAGACGAACACGUCAUCAACUCUGUCAGAAUCUGAAUCUGUUCAUGUAAAUGUAUCUGCGUCUGCAACUGCUUCUCCAUCUUCAUCCACAGUAGCUUCUCCAAGUGGAAAACGGAGUAGGGAUCCUGAAGAUGAGGUUUACGUCGACAAUCUUCACUCCCAUAAACGUUAUCUCAGCGAGAUAAUGGCUUCCAGCUUAAAUGGGCUAUCAGUGGGAGACCCCCUUCCUGAAAACCUGAUGGAUUCUCCAGCAAGAUCUGACAGCAUGUUUUAUCUAAGGGAUGAACUGGCAUUGCAGUAUUCACCAAUGUCAGAAGACCUGGACGAGUUCAGAUACUGUGAAAGCAAUGCAUGCUCACCAUCACCAUCACCAUCACAAACAGAUAGCCAACCAACCAGCCCAGUUUCUCCUUACAGAUUCCAGAAGCUUCCAAGCACCUUCUCACCUGGACCCACCACCACCAGCAGUUACUACCCACCACCACCACCAGCUUCACAGGCAAGGCAAAGAGGAUCCGACUCAGAAGGGCGGUUCCCUUCAUCUCCAAGUGACAUAUGCCACUCUGCUGACUUGCGGAGGGCUGCAUUGUUGAGGUCUGUGCAGAUGAGGACUCAGCCAUCUCAGUUUGAAGAGCCACUGCCAUUGCCAUGCCCUUUUAAUGUCAAGUCUUUGGUUCAUGAGAUUGAUACCGAGUGUUCCAUGCAUGGAAAGUCUUGUAGGGUGUUGACCAUGAACAUCAAAGGAGAUGAUGAUUCAUGA